AUGGCCAUGCUGAGAGUGUCGUCGUACCGCCGGCUGUUUGAGGAGCAACAGUGGGGCCGGGGGAAUAGCGCCUCCCUGAUGUGUGGAGGACAGUAUCGCGCCUCCGCCAGGGGCGUAGCGGCAGGCUCUCAGUGGGCAGAGCCUGACUUUGGGGCGGCUCGGGUGGCUAACAGGGAGGCCGUGUCCCGGUACGUGAAGGAGAGGACCCUGAUCGCGGCCCUGAACGACCGACUGGCUUUCUUCAUCGAGACGGCUCGAUGCCUGGAGGAGGAGAACGAGUGCCUCGAGGCCGAGAUCCUCGAGCUGGAGGAGACGCGCGGAGGCCUGGCCCCCUGCGCCGCUGCCCCAGUGCCCGACCUCGGCCUGCAGGCGGUGGUGGAGCGCCUGAGGAGGGAGAAGGAGCAGAUCCUGUGUGACACGGAGCGGCUGACGAAGGAGCUGCAGACGCUGCAGGUGCGCCAUGAGGAGGCCGCGGAGCACAGGACCCUCAUCCAGCUGGAGAGAGAGGACGUUGCCGUGGAUGUGGACAUGCUGUGCAGCGAGUGCCUGGCCCUGAGGGACCAAGUGGCCAUCUACGAGGACGAGCUGGCCCGGCUGCAGGAGGAACAGCAGACGACCAUUGAGUCCCUGGUCGAACCCAGUGACGGUGUUGCCACGGUAACCGUGGAGUUCCCAACCCCUGACGUUACCCCCAUCAUCUCGGACAUCAAGGAAUACUACUGCCAGCUGACAGAAAGUCUGCAGUUUGAGUCGCAAGCAGCAUUGGCCGUGGCAUUGAGGGACCAGAAGGGGGCCGGGGUGGCCCAAAUCUCAAAGCGGGGUGAGGCCGUCGGAGUAGGCGACGCCUCCAAAGUGACGGACGUCGACGAGCUGCGGAAAAUGAUCGCUGAGCUACAGAGGGAGCUGGCGGGCCUGGAGAAGUGUGGGGAGGAGCUGGAGGUGGAGAUUGAGGAGAGGAGGGAGGCGUACCUGGAGGAGAUCGCCGAGCUGCAGUGCUGUGUGGAGGAGCUGGAGGGGUCCCAGGCCGAGCUGAACGCCCAAAUGAGCGAGCAGUGCGCUGACUACGAUGAGCUUCUGAGUGAGAAGAUGUCUCUGGAUAUGGAGAUCGCGGCUUACAGGGGCUUGGUGGAACUGGAAGAAGACCGGCUCUGCUUCCUGUAAGAGGACACAGGAGACGGGAAGUUGGGCUGAAACCACAGGGAGAUGCCCUCAACAUAGAUGGGAUAACACAGAAGGAAAAAAUGCAAAAAAAGAAUGAAAAUGGACAAAAUCCAAUCUCUGAGCAUAUAAAAAAUUAUAAAAACAGCUUGAGUACAUAUAUAACCCCACUCUGACAGCUUUACAACGGCCUAGACAGUCUGGCUGAUAACAGCUUGCUGACAGGUAACUUUUAACGUGAACGAAAAGAAAGGCCACCAUUGUGCAAUGCUAAGGUGGUAGUGUAAGAGAUUUUUUCUGGAUACUAGAUGUUAGAAUAGAGAGCUCUUGGAGAGAUCCAGGCUUAUGUUCAUAAAACUGGUCAGAGUGAGAUUACUGAUCUAGGAUUAGUUUGCCCUUUUAGCUGAUAAUAGAAGAAGGAAAGGAAAUGGACCGUAGGAACCUGAUCCAGUACUCCUAUUCUGAGGCAAUGAAUAUGAGCCCAGAUGAACCUGUGAGUUCUCUAUCUGUCUGAUAGAGCCUUUUUGUCCAUUGUUAUCAUCUUGUGUACCACUGUAAGCCCCUGUUUGCAGAAUGGUGGUGGCCACAUAUGCCCCUUGAGAAAAGAGGGGUGGUCAUCACCCCCUCAUGCCAUCACUGAUAGAUGACAUACUCUUAACCUCUCCACUGCCCCUGAGGCUAACCGAUAUCUUUUAUUCACAGAUAAGAUUACAUGGCAACUGAUGGAUCUCAGACCAAAUACUGCUAAUACACGUCUACUUAAUUUUCAAUAGACGCCAUAUAUCAGGAUGACGCCUAGGCGACUGCAGUUAGGAUGGCCAUGGAAUUUUGUCAUUUCUUCACCAAAACGUGUUGCCCAAAA